GUUUAAGGUAAUCCGCGUCUCAGGGUCUUCUUCCGUUACCUUAGACCCAACAACUGGGCCACAUCAUCUCACCCCACGCCCGAUUCGCGCCUCCAUGUCUCGCGAGCAACCGUGAUGCAUGCUAUCCGCGCAUCCUCGAUUGGACAGCUCCUACAUCAUCCUCGCCGUCUGCAAGCACUUCUCAUCACGGCACCAUGGCGAGCCACGUCUCAGCGGCAGUCGAUGCCGACGCUACCUCUGACGCCGCACCUCGGCCUCACACACAAGCGGCACUUCAAUGCUCAAGCACUCUAUGUACCGCCCCUCGUCUUUACCGGCCUAUUGGUCGUUCUGUGGACGCAAAAGUGUCUCGCAAUGAUCGUCUUCCAGAACAAGAUCAUUUACAUGCCAGGCCUGCCACCCAAUGCACGUAGGGAGCGCAUCGAAGACUACGCGAAGCAGUGUUGGGGUGUACAGUGGGAGGAGAAGAGGAUCCGCGCCGCCGACGGGACGGAUCUAGCCCUCUGCGUGGCCUCGGCGACAUCGACUGGUGACAGGAAGACCACGUCGCUCGACGAUACUCUAUCGGUGCCGUCCAUCUACAUCCUCUACUUUCAGGGAAACGCCUCGUCCAUUCCCCCACGUUUGCCCGACCUAUCAUGGGUCCUGCGAUCGUUGCAGCAGAGCAAACGGCCGGCGCGAUACACCUUUGUGUGUCUAAGCUACCGCGGGUACUGGACGUCGAGGGGUCGUCCCUCCGAGAAGGGUAUCAAUAUAGACGCGCAGGCGGCUCUGCAUUGGAUUGGGCGAAUGCACAGCGAGCACGAUGUCCACAGGCACCGCCCAACGCCGGAGGUCAUACUCUGGGGUCAGAGCAUCGGCGCUGGGGUCGCCACGAACCUCGCCGCGUGGGAGGCGUUCCCGCCCACGUUGCGGCUACGGUCGCUGAUCCUCGAGACACCUUUCACGUCCGUCAAGGACAUGCUGGCGACGCUGUACCCCCAGAAAUGGGUGCCAUACCGUCAUCUCUGGCCGUUUCUCCGGAAUCACCUGGACAGCUGGACGAACCUAGCUGCGAUCGCCGGGAACUGGUCCGGGUCGAGGAGCUGUGAGAGACCUCGCAUUACGAUCGUGGAAGCUGGCAGGGACGAGCUAGUGCCGGCCGGGCACGGCGCGAAGCUGGUCCGGCGCUGCGAAGAGGUCGGGCUCGAGGUAGAGAAGAAGACGGUGCAGGGCGCUUUCCACAACGAUGCCGUCGUCAGGCUAGAGGGACGCAGAACCGUCGUCGCCUGCAUUGAGCAGGUCGCUGCUAAAAUCUGAUGGACACUAACAAUGACAUCAAGUGAAGUCUGUCUAGCUGAGCAGUAAAUUCACACGAAGCUGUCACGGUGACAGUUCAAAGCUGUAGAUGUUGGUCAUCCUGAAGUGGGCAAACCUGAUUGGCGAAUUGAAUGAGUCUAUUGCACUGCCGGGGGAGCUGCUUCGGCUUUCGAGUUCGGUUUGGAUUUCGGACUGGGAAGCUAGGAACCGCUCCCCGGGCCCCGGCAAACCACCUCAGUGCAGGUUUAUUAGAGAGAUAAGUGAUGGUCAGGGGUUAAAUUGCCUUGCCUCUUUUUGCAGAAAACCGAGCCGGGUGGAUGGAUGGUACCAU